AUGCCUCCAACGGUCUAUGUCAUUCGCCAUGGGCAAGGCGAACACAAUGUCAACGAGGUUCAUCAUCUUCGGGAUCCUCUUCUGACGGAAACCGGCAAAGCUCAGUGCAAAAAGCUCCAAGAAGGCCACUUGACGUGCGAUCUUGGUUAUGAGGCCACUAUCACCAAAUCAGAGGCACCGAACCUGAUUGCCCAGGCCGCGCCUUUAUACGACUUAAAAAAUUUGGAUAUGACGUUGGUUGACGAGACUUGGAACUCAAAGAAAGGAAUCUACGCUCCCACCUUGAAGGCCGUUAGGGAAAGAGCUGCUACGAUGCGAAACUGGAUAUACAAUCGUCCGGAGAAGCAUAUCGCACUCGUGACUCAUGGUGCCUUUUUACAUUAUUUUACCGAGGACUGGACGGCUUAUGAAAAGUCUCGAGGCACUGUCUAUCUGAACUGUGAAUAUCGGAAACUGGAAUUCACUGAAGAUUCCAAUGGGCAUGAGCCACAUUUGCGAGAAUGUGGAAGUAUGCUUGAAAAGCAAGACAGGCCGAUUGGUCUUGAUGCCCAUGUGAUCCAUGAGAUAGAGGAAGUGGAAAGAGCAUCGAUGUAA